GUGCCCAACCAUCACAAAGAGAAACAAAGAAAAAGGUAGACAAAUCAAAGAUCAAACAUGGAUGGAGAAAUCAACAAUUUCAUCAUGGUAUGGACCAUAGCUGCAUCAACAAUGGCCUAUUCCCACACAAUUGGCAAACUUAUCUCUCAAGGCACAUCAAGACUCAUAGCCCUUAUCCCUGCCAUAAUCAUCCUCUUUCUCCUCCCUCUAAGACUCAAUUCAAUCCAUCUUGGAGGUCCUUCAUCUUUCUUCAUUGGUUGGCUUUCCACUUUCAAACUCUUCCUUUUUGCCUACAACAAAGGUCCUCUCUCAACUAACCCGAGUCUCUCUUUACUUCACUUCAUUUCCCUUUCAUUACUUCCCAUCAAAUUCCAAAACCAACCCAAUAUAAAUCACAAUAACAAUAACCCCUCAAAAACCAAUAUUUACAAAAAAGACCACGAAUCAAAAUCAAAUUCUAAAUCAACCCUUACCUAUGCAUCUGCAACAAUGAUUAUCAUAUUAGCUUUACUAAUUCCACUCUAUAGUAAAAAAGAAAAUUUCCAUCCAAAAUUUGUUUUAUUCUUAUACUCACUCCACAUGUAUAUUGGUCUUGAAUUUUUCUUUGCUUUAGCAUCAACAUUCAUUAGAAAACUUCUAAGUAUUGAUUUAGAGCCACAAUUUAACAAACCAUAUCUAAGUACAUCACUUCAAGAUUUCUGGGGUAAAAGAUGGAACAUAUCUGUGAAUCGUGUCCUACAUCCAACCAUAUACGAACCGGUCGUAAAUUUUUCUACCCGUUGGAUUGGAAGAAAGUGGGCCCCACUACCCGGGAUUCUUGCUACAUUCACCAUGUCGGCUAUGAUGCACGAGGUUGUUUUUUAUUACAUCAAGAGAGAGAAACGCUCGUGGGAAGCAUGGGAACCCUCGUGGGAUGCAAUGUGUUUUUUCAUUUUGCAUGGGGUGUGUUUGGUUGUUCAAGUUGGUGUUAAAAAGAUGUUUGGAGAUAAGGUGCGGUUGCCGACUGUGGUGUCGUGGUUGUUUACGGUGGUGUUUGUUUGGUGUACGGCGUUGUGGUUGUUCGUUCCGGCGCUUGUAAGGUGUCGGGUGUAUGAAAAGGCUUCUAGAGAGUUGAAUGCUUUGACUGAGUUUGGGAGGGACGUGUACCAUGUUGCUAGGGUUGCUUUCUUUUAUUUGAAAAAAGAAAAAGUGGGUAGGUAUUAGGUAAUAUUCUCCCCAAUUUGUAAUGAUUUUUCUUCCAAAAAAAAUCGAUUCAUGAUAGGAGACACUUAUUUCUUUUAAUUGGUUAAGAAACUAUGUUUUUUUUUCCUUUAGAGGAAAUAAACUAUUUUGUGUACCUCGAGUUUUUUUAGUAGAUUUUUCUUGUUUA